CUGGGUACUUUUGACGGUGAUGCUCUCACAGGCCACAGCGUUCGGCACACCUGUACAAUUUAAGAACCCCACUACAAGAGAUGUUAUUGUUUUAUUAUCCUUUUAUUAUUAUGUUAUAUUUUGUCAUUGUUGUUGUAAAAGCUGCUCAAUUUUUCCAAUCUCAGAGAUGUUACAAUGUGAGUGAGUGGAAGUAUUAAAAAUUGCUAGCAGUGGGGAAAAAAAAGUCCUAGCUAUACCACUGCAAACUACAAUCACAAUAAUAAACAUAUUGUUAGAUUAAUACCGUUCUGACAGUGUCGGUUAAAAAAAGAGCAUUAUUAUUGUGGAAAAGCAGACUUUUUGAUCCAGCUUUCCAGUGUUGUGACCCAUAAGUGUAUAGUCUUUGGCAGUUCUCAAGAGAUACAGCAGGUUUCAGUGAGGGAUUGUGCACAGAGCCAUAGCAAAUGUAGCUAAGUGUUGCUGACAGUGAUUUUAGCAUGGACGGACACAGUAUGAGCAAAAGCUUUAAAGGGACAACUAAUGCAUCUAACUGCCACAUUUGCUUUUCUUCCAGAGACCCUAUUAUUAAACAAAAAGUCUUCCUACAUAUCAGUAGCUGGAGUCCCAGGGGCACGUUUAGCUCUAAUAUCCUCAUCAAAAACAUCAGAGUGUCUCUCGAUAAUCUUCACAGUCCAUUGGUUGUUUGGGGCGGAGUCCCCUGCUAGAAAGCAUGCCAUGGAAUGUUAAACACUAAUUCACCUCUGAGCUGCCGAGGUGGAUAAAGUGAUUGUUCUAUCUGGGAGCUGAUUAAAACCACUCUGCCCUCUUUUUCCCUCCCUCCUGUGUUCACCUCUGACGUCCAUCACAUUCAUUUCUGUAUUCAUGAGCAGAUGAGGAGGCGCGGGGCGCUCGGAGGCCGUAUUAUAGAUAAUAAGGCCAGCAGGCGCUGCAUUCGCUGCCACAGGUUCCCCCCCGGCCCAGCUCAUUCAAUUACUUCACAAGAGUUCUCGGAGGCGCAGCUGCACUAUGGGGGUGAAGAGCAGUAAAUUGAGUGUCAGACUGCUGUCCAUGGUCCUGAACCUGCAGCGCUCUCAGACUUUGACAGCCUGAAAUGACCAAAUCAGUGAUUCCAACUCUCAAACUGAAAACAAUGGCAGACAAGGUGCUGGUCACAGGUGGAGGGGGCUACAUUGGUAGUCACUGUGUGCUGGAACUGAUUGAAGCAGGCUAUAUACCCAUUGUGGUUGAUAAUUUCAGCAAUGCUGUCAGAGAAGGGGAUGUGCCAGAGAGUAUACGUAGGAUAGAAAAGCUUCUGGAUACCAGCAUUGAGUUUCAUGAACUUGACCUACUGAACAGGGCCGGCUUGGACGCACUUUUCAAAAAGCAUUCUUUCAGUGCCGUGAUGCACUUUGCCGGCCUAAAGGCUGUUGGAGAGUCUGUGCUGCAGCCAUUACGCUAUUACAGGGUCAACCUCACCGCCUCUAUGAACCUGCUGGAGGUGAUGCAGGCUCACAGGGUGCACAAUCUGGUUUUCAGCAGCUCAGCCACAGUGUACGGAGACCCCCAGCGUCUGCCCAUCGACGAGCAGCACCCCGUAGGGGGCUGCACCAACCCCUACGGCAAGACCAAGUACUUCAUAGAGGAGAUGAUUAAGGACCACUGUAAGGCUGAGAAGGGCUGGAAUUCAGUGUUGCUGCGAUAUUUCAACCCCAUUGGUGCUCAUUCCUCUGGCCUCAUUGGAGAGGAUCCUCAGGGUAUUCCCAACAACCUAUUGCCAUAUGUCGCCCAGGUUGCUGUUGGGAGAAGGAAUUGCCUCAGUGUAUUUGGGAAUGACUAUGACACACCGGACGGGACAGGUGUGAGAGAUUAUAUUCAUGUUGUCGAUUUGGCAAAGGGACACAUUGCAGCACUGAAGAAGCUGAAAGACAACUGUGGGUGCAAGGUUUACAACCUAGGAACAGGAAUAGGCUACUCUGUCCUCCAGAUGGUAAAUGCUAUGAAGAAGGCAUCGGGGAAAGAAGUUCCCUACAAAAUCGUAGAACGUAGAGAAGGAGACAUAGCAUCAUGCUACGCUGACCCUCACCUGGCUGAGAAGGAGCUCGGCUGGAAGGCUGACUUUGCACUGGAAAGAAUGUGUGAGGAUCUGUGGCGCUGGCAGUCGAUGAACCCUACCGGAUUUUCCAACGGGGCAGCCUCCUGAUGCCACGGUCAAUGCACAUAGUCUUAAUGUGCAUUAGUGUGUCUUAGUUUUAAUUUCUUUGUAACAUAAAAAAAUCAUUAAGGAAAAUGCUUUAUAAAUGCAAGUAUAAAAUGUUUUGUGCUUGACGUUUUAACACUUCACGGGGCAAUGAUCCAUAUUUGGUUACCUAAGUGGGUGUCCAAAAUGUACCUUGCAUGUCUACAAUGAGGUAGUAGAACAGCAACAUUUCUUUUAACUUAAUCAACAUAAAAAUGAUGUUAAUAACCAAAUAUGAACUAUAUUACACUGACACAUCUGUAUGAAUAAAGAAAUGGGUAUCAACUUUUGAAAUGG